AUGGGCCUGCUCUUGCUUAUUGUUGGCGUUAACAAAAUGGAUUCCACUGAGCCACCCUACAGCCAGAAGAGAUAUGAGGAAAUUGUUAAGGAAGUUAGCACCUACAUUAAGAAAAUCGGCUACAACCCACAUACCGUAGCAUUUGUGCCAAUUUCUGGUUGGAAUGGUGACAAUAUGCUGGAGCCAAGUGCUAACAUGCCAUGGUUCAAAGGAUGGAAAGUCACCCGUAAAGAUGGCAGUGCCAGUGGAACCACACUUCUUGAAGCCCUGGAUUGCAUCCUGCCACCCAUUUGCCCAACUGACAAACCCCUGCGCCUGCCCCUCCAGGAUGUGUACAAGAUUGGAGGUAUUGGUACUGUCCCUGUGGGCCGAGUUGAGACUGGUGUUCUCAAACCUGGCAUGGUGGUCACAUUUGCUCCAGUCAACGUUACAACUGAAGUUAAGUCUGUUGAAAUGCACCAUGAAGCUCUUAGUGAAGCACUUCCUGGGGACAACGUGGGUUUCAAUGUCAAGAAUGUAUCUGUUAAGGAUGUUCGUCGUGACAAUGUGGCUGGUGACAGCAAAAAUGACCCUCCAAUGGAAGCAGCAGGCUUCACUGCUCAGGUGAUUAUCCUGAACCAUCCAGGUCAAAUCAGUGCUGGCUAUGCACCUGUGCUGGAUUAUCACACAGCCCACAUUGCUUGCAAGUUUGCUGAGCUGAAGGAGAAGAUUGAUCGUCGUUCUGGGAAAAAGCUGGAAGAUGGCCCUAAAUUCCUGAAGCCUGGUGAUGCUGCCAUUAUUGAUAUGGUGCCUGGCAAGCCCAUGUGUGUGGAGAGCUUCUCUGACUACCCUCCCCUGGGUCGUUUUGCUGUUCGUGACAUGAGACAGACUGUUGCUGUGGGUGUCAUCAAAGCAGUGGACAAGAAGGCAGCUGGAGCUGGCAAGGUUACAAAGUCAGCCCAGAAGGCUCAGAAGGCUAAAUUAAUAUUAUCCCCAGUACCUGCCACCCCAGUCUUAAUCAGUGGUGGAAGAACGGUCUCAGAACUGUUUGACUCAAUUGGCCAUUUAAGUUUAAUAGUAAAGGACUGGUUAAUGAUAACAAUGCACAGAAAAACCUUCAGAAGGAAAGGAAAAUGUUUUGUGGACCAUUUGUUUUUUGUGUGUGCGUGGCAGUUUUAAGUUAUUAGUUUUUAAAAUCAAUACUUUUUAAUGGAAACAACUUGACCAAAAAUCUGUCACAGAAUUUUGAGACCCAUUAAAACAAAGUUUAAUGAAAAAAAAAAAA